AUCCAAAAACAAGAACCAAGAUGAAAUCCUUAGAACAAGACAAGAAACAUAGGACAAGAACAAAAACGACAUGUCGUCCAAUUCAGCGGAGGAUUCAAUGAAAAGGUCCCACAAAGGAAACACAGCUAAAACCUCUGACCUGCGGCCAUGGCUGUUUGGUCUCUCAAACAUGGCAGCCACAAUCACAGAACUAAUCCUCUUUUUCACACUCUGUUUUAGUUUUACCACAGUUAAGAGCGUCCCAAACACAAACGCAAGGAGCGUCCUCUGCAACUCCGGCGAGUACACCGGCGGCGACCCUUUCGCCAUCAGCCUAGCUUAUGUUCUUCAAGAGCUCCAGAACGAGACGCCGGCCAGACACAACUACGAUUACUACAACAUUUCUCCUUACCCCAACGCCUUCGCCUACGGCCAUGCCACCUGCAACACAAAUCUCACCACCCCAGAUUGCACAACUUGCCUGGGAGCCGCCAACGCCACCGUCACCGCCACCUGCAGCCGCCGCAUCGGCGGCCGUGCCCUCCUCUUUGACUGCUCCAUCAGGUAUGAGCAGUACCCUUUUAAGGAAUGAUACAGGUUUGUCUCUGGUUUUCCAGUUUACACCAGACUAAUUCAGUCGAUGUUGUUCCCAUAAUCCCAUAUGUUUUCUUUCAGUUAUUGUGUUUGAUUUUCUAUCAUCAACUUGUUCAAUGUAGAACCACCAUUCAAUAAUAAUGACAAUAAUUUGCAGUGAAA